UUGGCCUUCGCCGUAGCUGUCGCCUCACCUCUUCCUGCCUACGAAACACGUGCGAGAGAGAUGCGAACGAGGCGAGGCCUGAUCAGCUAUCCCGGGAUGAAGCGGGAGCCCGAAUGGAGGAGGUCGCCGGAGGAGGAGAAGACGACCAACAACCGGAGCCAGAAGAGGCGGCGGAGAGGGGGUUCCGGCGAAGACAAGUAUUUGGACGACGAGGGUCGACCCGUUUCCGACAAGGCCGACCUUUUCGACGGCCUCCCUGACGACCUCAUCAUUUCCAUCCUCUGCAAACUCAGCGCCACCGCUGGUUCACCUUCGGAUCUUGUGAGCGUGACGCUAACAUGCAAGAGAUUGAAAGGAUUGGGAUGGAAUCCCCUUGUUCUUGCCAAGGCGUCUCUGAAAUCUCUCGUAAUUAAGGCUAAAAAUUGGUCGGAUUCGGCGCAUAAAUUCCUGAAGCAGUGCGCCGAUUCCGGAAACAUUGAAGCUUGUUACGUGCUGGGAAUGAUUCGAUUCUACUGCCUAGAGAACAGGGGAAGCGGGGCGGCGCUGAUGGCCCGGGCGGCGAUGGCGUCUCACGCGGCAGCUCUGUACUCCCUCGCCGUGAUUCAGUUCAACGGAAGCGGCGGCUCCAAGGGAGACAAAGACCUUCACGCCGGUGUGGCGCUGUGUGCCCACGCGGCGUUUCUCGGCCAUGUCGACGCGCUUCGGGAGCUCGGCCAUUGCCUCCAGGACGGUUAUGGAGUCCGACGGAACGUCGCCGAGGGCCGGCGAUUCCUUGUCCAGGCCAACGCCCGAGAGCUAGCAUCCGUUCUCAGGUCCUCAUACGCCUCCCAUGCAGCCUGGCGGCAGAAUCACAACCACCACCACGCCCUGGCUUCCGGCUGCUCGCUCCUCAGCGAUUACGGCUGCAACGUCCCGCCUCCGGAAUCGCAUCCGGCGAACAAGUUCAUGGCGGAGUGGUUCGCGCAGAGAGGACCUGGCGGCGGGAAGGGUGACGAGGGUCUCCGACUCUGCUCCCACACCGGCUGUGGCCGCCCGGAGACGCGCCGCCACGAAUUCCGGCGGUGCUCCGUCUGUGGCGCUGUCAAUUACUGUUCGAGGGCCUGCCAAGCUCUCCAUUGGAAGCUAGUGCACAAGGCAGAGUGCGCUCCCAUGGAGCGGUGGCUCGACGCUGCAGCAGCCGCCGGUGGUGGUCCGCCGGAGGUGCCUGGUAACGAGUGAUGAUGAAUAGAGUUUCCUGCGAAAGAGAAAGGAGGGCGGUUUUUUAUUUUUGAUUUUUUUUGGUGCGUGCAAGGCCUUUUUAAUUAUUUAAUUCCGUUGUUUUUUUCCUUUACUCGAAUGUUUAUUUUCCUUCUUUUCUUCUGUAUAGAAUGCAAAAAAGAAGUGUUUUUUUGU